AUGUCUACUGUAUAUCACUCGUUACAUGAUGGAGUUGAUGUGGAGGAAACGUGGACUAGUACGAUUACCGGUGAAAAUCAUGUUCCUGUCGCACGUGGUGGAGGCGGCCUCGAGGGCGCGGACAAGGCUAUUGGAGACGAUCCCACCACCCCGCUGCCGAUCUGGUCUCGUUCGCAUCACUGUCCGGCCUACCCCAUUCAAGCGAUGCAAGUGAGCCUGUCAGCUCGGUGCCUCACUGAUUUCAUCCCUGCCAGCAGCUCUACUCUAACUGGUUCAAUACCCCUGACCACUGGUCCUAUCCUUGCCAGCAGUGGUUCUUUGACGUCACAGGACAACGGUGGAACCCCCCCUACAUCAACAUCAAACCCUCCAUCCGCUGUAACGUCAAGCAAUCCAUCAUCGUCCACGAGUCAAACUACCAGUAUUAGCAGUGUGGACAUGACCACCACACCAUCAACGCGCAGUUCUUCCUCACCUAAUGAAAAUGAGACAUCAAACCGGGCGACCAGCACAUCGCAAGAUAGCACGGCUGUGCAUGAGACAUCGCCUUCUCAGACGUCUCCCGUGUUCACGACGAGCAGGUCUUCAGGCACAGUCGCACAUGUUGGGGAGAGUUCAUUCAAUAUGCCGACCACGACUGGGGGCACUACCUCUGCGAUCAGUACAGGUUCGCCACAUGUCCAACUAGUUGAGAUCAUUGUCCCUGUCUUUUCAUUUCUCUUUUUCCUAUUUCUGGUCAUAUACCUCUACAUCAAACGUUGUCGUCGCAUCCGAGCAGAAAAACGCUCAUCCUUACUUGUGUUUACUCGAGGAGACAGGCGAUUGACACCUACGAGCCAUACUUCGCUAACUGCAUCAAUGGCCGACGCAGGGAACAAUACCCAGGUUGGCGAUUGGCGCCCCGAGAUGUCUUUUGCACCAUCAUCGCCUAUCCCACCUGCGCGCUCAUCCGUGCGCUCACCCCAGUCAGACUACCUCCGGUCCCAUACACUGACCUCGCCAACGCCCUUUCCGUCACUUUUCAUGGAGGAGUCUGACCUCCAGCACCUCGUCGCAGAUUCACAUUCUAUGACAUUUAAGCAUGAGGGUAUGUCAAGGGUGUCUUAUACGGAUGAAAGCUCGACAACGGAAAGGGUCUACCUGGAGCCGUCUGCCAGUUUAGAUCUGUCCUCAGAUGCGCCGGCGUUGAUACCAUCCCGCAAAGAGGAGGACAGGCUGAGCAGGGUCAGCUUAGAAAUAUCAUUUCACAGAGAGCUAGAAUCAGCGGUGGGUUGGGGUGGCGAAUUAGCUGGGGAAACGAGCUUCCACAUGAUGUCCGAGAUGGAACAGCAACCUACGAAUGGGAGCACAGAGGUCACAAGUAGUGGUAACGGUGCUAGUCAUCUCAAACGCAAAAGAUCCACUUCAGAGUCGGCGAUCUGGGGCAUGAAACGUCGUCGCACAACGAGCAGGGAGCAGCCUCAGACUUUCAACGGGUCAGGUCAAGUCACAGGUAUUGGAACGAAGGGGUUUCCAUAUGAAACAACCAGUUGCGAAAAAGCUGAGCAUAUAGACGAGACGGUAUACAUCCAUACGGAUCUGAAACGCAAAAGGUCUACAUCAGAACCAGCGAUAUCCAGCGCGAAACGCCGCAAAUUAACAAGUAGCAAUCAACCAAUAACGCGGAAUAGCCCGACCCCUGCCAGGAGUAGUGAACGAGAUGAGACGAUAGAUAGCGUCAAGACUACAACUCAGGUUCAGAACAUUGGUGGGGCAGGUCCUUCAGGUACCACACCCCUUAAAAACCUCACUCGAAAAUUGGACACACGUCCUACUGUUCCGCUAACGUCAUCUUCUGAAGUCAAGCAAUGUCUGCUUACGCAAGAAAUCUCCACGGAAGCUUCGGUGGAGCCGUGCUAUUUUUUAAAUCAGCGCCUGUGGCAUAAUAGUGAGCUGCUAACGCGUCUGGAAUGCUGGUGGGGGAUGGAAUACAAUUCGCUCGACCCCAGGUCAGAAUCGAACAGAAUUUACUUACGGCGUGACUGGUUGAAGUCAUUUGAUAGUGAAUGUUGGUUGCUCCUUCCAACACCUGAGAUGAUGGAGAAAGUCAGCCAGCGCUGCGACAAAAUCUUGUACGAUGGGGCCGAAACUUUUGAAUACCGGAUGCUACCACUGGACAUGGAACUUCGAUCGUUCAGUCGAAUCGAUUGGGACAACUCGCCUAGCAGGUCAAAUCUUCCGGAGAUUAGAACUGCCGCCGAUCAGCCAAGGACUCGUCAUUAUCCUCCAUUCCAUACGUUACCGACCCUUGUUUCUCGCGCAAAACCUCACUUCGUCAUCUGUGACGCUGGUGCGAAGUUGCACCAACGAAGCGUUAGUGGGCCGGAUUUUACAGCGUUGUUGAAGUCCGUUUGGCAAAGGCAUGAUUUCAAAACCUCUUUAUUCACCUUUUCGAUAAGGAAUACAUACGACAUAUGGUUUGGACGUGAAGUACCCGCAAGAAUUGUCUCCACUCCCCGCGUCCUUGUUCCGCCCCCAACUCUCCAUCCCUAUUCAACCGUUACCAAGAGACAUUGCCCUUCCGGUCUUGCCUGUUACGGACCAUGUGUUCGCAACCGAUUUGCGUGGCUGCCUACACGUUGUGCGCGCUGUCGAGGGGAGAGGUUCGGUCCUGCUGGCCACCUAACCUGGACUCACUCUGAGGGCGAUGUGGACCUUGACACCGGCGAACCAUCCAAUCGGAUGACCCAAUAUCAAGCGUAUCUUAGGCGCGUCGCUCGCCGUGUUGAUGCUUGGAACUCGUGUUGCAUACAGCAAGUGAAGAAACGAGGGCGAUGGACAUCCCGCGCAGUCAAUGAUAAGCAGGUGCGCUCCUAUGGGUCUCAUUCCACUAUCGGGCUACAAAGUAUAUCGAUGUCCGUCUCAGCACAAGAUACUGUCGUCAUUCGCAGCAUGCCGCAUGUCUAG